CAAGAAAUAUACUUUUGUAAGCUGACAUUCGUAUUGGGUGACUAAUCUGCAAAAUACAUCCUGUUAUCUUCUGAUUUUUAUUCGUUUCUUCUAGUCAAGAACAAGAUUGUAAUGUUACCGAACCUUUUCAUUCGUGUAGCUUAUCUAAAAUGACAAUAGCAGGAGAUGAUGCUGAAUGGAAGGCAGAAGAAGUGAUUGCAGGAAAUCACAGAGCAUUGCAAGCAUUGAGGGAGCUUUUGUUAUGGCCUCUUCUAUAUUCAAAGGAAGCCAAUAUUCUGGGACUAAGGUGGCCAAAGGGUUUGCUUUUGUAUGGACCACCAGGAACUGGCAAGACAAGCUUGGUCCAUGCAAUUGUACGAGAAUGUCACGCACAUCUAACUUUGAUAAGUGCAGGUCUCAUUCACAGGGCAUAUGCUGGAGAAAGUGAAAAGAUUUUGCGGGAUGCAUUUUCCGAAGCAUCAUCUCAAGUGGUAGCAGGUAGACCAGCCAUUAUAUUUAUUGAUGAGAUUGAUGCCCUUUGUCCUCAUCGCAAUUCCAGACGAGAACAAGAGUCCCGCAUAGUUGCCCAACUUCUUACUCUCAUGGAUGGUGCCAAAACUUCAUUAGAGUCUUUGGAGAGAGUGGUUGUGGUUGCGUCAACAAAUAGAGUGAAUGCAAUUGAUCCAGCAUUACGGAGGUCGGGACGUUUUGAUGCUGAAAUCGAAAUCAGUGCACCUAAUGAGGAGCAGCGUUUUCAGAUUCUUCAGCUACAUGCAAGGAAUCUCCCUCUAGAUAUAAAUGUCAACCUUGAUGCUAUAGCUUCAUCUUGUAAUGGUUAUGUUGGUGCUGAUUUGGAAGCUUUAUGUCGUGAGGCUGCAAUGGCUGCACUCCGGAAGUCUUCAUUUAGUGGAGAAAGGGAUUUGCCUUGUAUAACAAUGGAAGACUGGGAGAUUGCAAGGUCAAAGGUUGGUCCAAGCAUAGUUCGAGGUAUUAUUGCUGAAGUGCCAAAGGUCUUAUGGGAGGACAUUGGAGGAUUGCAUGAUGUUAAGAAGAAGCUUCGGCAAGCUGUGGAGUGGCCUAUUAAACAUGCAGCUGCAUUUGCAAGACUAGGGCUCUCUCCUCCUCGUGGAGUUCUUUUACAUGGCCCUCCAGGUUGCUCUAAGACGUCUCUGGUUAAGGCUGCUGCUCAUGCUGCCCAAGCCAAUCUUUUCUCAUUGAGUGGGGCAGAGCUGUACUCAAUGUAUGUUGGAGAAGGAGAAGCAUUCCUGCGUGAGAUUUUUCAAAGAGCACGGUUAGCAGCUCCGAGUAUAAUAUUUUUUGAUGAAGCUGAUGCUAUUGCAGCAAAACGAGGGAGAGUAGAUGGAAACUCUAUCAGUAAUGGUGCCACAGUGGGAGAGAAGCUGUUAUCUACUUUGCUGACUGAGAUUGAUGGCCUUGAGCUCACAACGGGUGUUCUAGUCAUGGGAGCUACAAAUCGUCCUGAAGCAAUUGAUUCCGCCCUUAUGCGUCCUGGUCGCUUUGAUGUGGUGCUUUAUGUUCCACCACCUGAUCUUGAAGGAAGAAUUGAAGUGCUACGUGUACAUACUUGUAAUAUGAAUUUGACUAAUGAUGUAGAUCUAUCGCAAAUUGCCCAGCGGACAGAGUUUUUCACUGGGGCUGAGUUGGCAGGUUUGUGUAGAGAAGCAGCUAUCAUAGCAUUAAGGGAGAACAUUCAUGCUGAUAGUGUUUCUGUCAAGCAUUUUGAGAUUGCAAGAAACUCUCUGAGGCCAUCAUUAACACAAUUGCAGAUUGCUACAUAUUCUUCUUUUACGGGAAAAAGGAAACAGUGAGUUAAAAAAUUGGGAACAAAAAUUCAUAAAUAUACUGAUUGUGAUGUAUGUAUUUUGUGAAAAGCCCAAUAGGAUUUGAUGAAAGAAAGGAAAACUAAUUAUUUCAACAAAAUGUAAAGGGAGGAACUAUUACGUCAGAACUCUGGCAGUCUGCUUGAAUGGAAAGCUCAUAUCAACAUUAUGGUA